GAAGGCUCAUCUAAUCUCUUCUUCUGUGAACCAACCAUAUUGAAUUCGCCUUAUCCAAACUCUUCCUACACUCUCCCCAUACAAAGUCUCGUUUGCUCCUAUUCUCUCUACAAUCCCAUAACCAGAGUAGAUCAUCGCCAAAGGUUGUGGGUUCUCUGCAGAAAUGGCAGUCGCUUCCGCUGCGCUCUCUGCAGCUACGUGUACAACUGCUGCCAUUGUUAGCUCCUCCAAUCGCAUUUCCACCCAGAAGAAAAGGAACAAUGUGGUAUACAUACGAGGACUGAAUUCCUUUGGGGGGUUGAAAGCCCACAACAGUGUAGCGGCUUUAGGCCUUACUGAGUGCACGGAACAGUCUUUUGCCAAGGUCGUUAGCUCAUUAAGAUCAACAUCCAAAAGCAAAGGAAGAGGUGGGGGAGCACUUUCCUCUACCUGCAAUGCCGCUGCUGAGAUAUUCAGGAUUGCAGCAGUCAUGAAUGGACUUGUUCUGGUUGGGGUCGCCGUGGGUUUCGUUCUUCUACGAAUAGAAGCAUCUUUGGAGGAAGCCGAGUGAGAAUUCCAGCCAAAUGACUAAUAUUUAUUUCUGUUAUAUCCCAAUCAA